AUGGCGGCGGCCGUCCGGUGUGCGCGGCGGCUCGUGGGGUUGGCGGCGCGGCCCGGCGGCCUGUUCGCGGGGCCCCGGUGGCGGACUUUUCAACCACUUUGUACAAUGACACAAGAGAAAAACACUGGACCAAAGUUGGAAGAGGAAGCAAAUCAGAGUCACAGUGAACACAAGUCUGAUUCUGGUUCUGCUGAAAAGAUAGUAACAGAUGAAAACACCAAACUGGAGGAAAAGUUACAAGAAAUUACAGACAAGUAUAAACGUGCGCUGGCAGAUGCAGAAAAUAUGCGGCAGAGAACUCAAAAGCUGGUAGAGGAAGCAAAGCUAUAUGGAAUCCAGAGUUUCUGCAAGGACUUGCUGGAAGUUGCUGAUGUUCUGGAAAAAGCAACUGAGUCUGUUCCUAAAGAGGAACUCAAGAAAGAAAACCCUCAUCUGAAAAGCCUUUACGAAGGUCUUGCCAUGACAGAAGCCCAGAUACAGAAAGUAUUCAAAAAACAUGGCUUGGUGAAACUAAAUCCUUUUGGAGACAAAUUUGAUCCUUACGAGCAUGAAGCGUUAUUCCAUGUUCCCAUGGAAGGCAAAGAGCCUGGCACAGUUGCUUUAGUAUCCAAAGUCGGCUAUAAGUUGCAUGGCCGUACUCUGAGGCCUGCAUUGGUAGGUGUUGUGAAAGAACCUUAGCAGUCUGGUUCGAACAAGUGCCACACAACUGCUAGAUUCCUGGAUGAUGCCCCGCUGAACACAGUGGUGAUGCAAGGAAAGAUGUAAAAGGCCAGACUUAAUGAUGACUGCAGCCGCACUGCAGAAAGCAUGUUUUUAAAAGAAUACAGAUAAUGUGGAGAGACUAUCAAGACAGUAGUAAAAAAACUGCAGGUCCUUUGUACCCUCUGAGUAAUUGUGUGAUCAGGCAAAAGCAUUUUGCAUUGUAAUCUGGCAGUUAAAUAAGAAUACAGUGUAGAUUGUGUCCCACAAUGAACACCUUUCAGUGUCAUAUGAAUAGAUCAACAGCAGCAUUUUCGUUCAAUCUUUUAUGAACAGAGCAUUGGACACCAGUGCGACAGCUACUUAAAUGAUUUGUUCUAGAAGGCAUCUAAUAAUUGUAUGACACGGAAACUACCCAUAUUUAGCUGAGUAUUAAAUAUCAUUUCAAAGUU